AUGCCAUGUUUUGCCCAUACAUUAAACCUAGUAGCAUCAAAACCAUUUUACAAUAAGGAUGGACUGGAAGAAGCCAAGAAUUUACUAACAGCUGUCAAAGAUAUUACCACAUAUUUUAAACAUAAUACAAAUGCUGCUGAUUCUUUAAAGAAAGCUCAGGGUCAUCAAACAAAGCCUUUGGGACUUGUUCAGUCUGUGUGUACCAGAUGGAAUUCUGUUUUUUAUCAAUUGGAACGAUUUGUUGAGUUAUCCGAAAUAAUUGCGCCAAUAUUACUCAAGUAUCCUAAAGCGCCAACAAUGCUAACUGCACAGCAGUUAGAAUUUAUAAAAGAUCUUAUAAAUAUAUUGAGACCAUUAGAAGUAAUAACUAAAGAAAUAUCGGAAGAAGACUACGUUACAGCCAGUAAAAUUAUACCCAUCGUGUCUUGUCUGACUGAAACAUAUAAUACAAUGAAAAAUUCAACGGAUAUUGGUGUUAAAACAAGGACUUUAAUUGUGGACGGCUUGAAGAAAAGAUUUGGAAAUGUUGAACAAGUUCAUUUAUUAGCUGCUGCGACCAUUUUAGAUCCUAGAUUUAAAAAAAAUCAUUUUACUGACCAUGUAGCCUGUUCUCGAGCGAUAAAUAAAAUAAACACUUCAAUUUUGGAUAUUACACGACAAUCACUUCCACAAAAUAAUAGUGAGGAAGUUGACGCAAUAGAAAGCACUGAUAAGGAUAUGAAAAACGGAAUAUGGGAUUUUCAUAAGUUGCUUGUGAAAAAGCAACUCUCUUUAUGCAAUGCACUUGCACAGGAAAAUCAAGGCUUAAAUGAAGAAUUCAAACAUUAUUUAUCGCAGGCAGUUGUGCACCUGAAGUAUGAUCCUGUACUUUACUGGCAAGAACAAAAGAGCUCCAUUUAUCAUCACGUUCACCCAAUCGCCAUGAUGUAUAUGAGUAUCGUUGGAUCAUCCGUUCCUUGUGAGCGCCUGUUUUCAAUUGCUGGAAACAUUGCAAGUGAUGAGCGUAACCGCUUGGAUCCCAAAAGGCUUGACAGACUGUUGUUUUUAAAAAGUUUAGAUAUUGAGCAUUGGGAACUA